UGGUGUCGGCGACAUCAAAGUCUUCAGUAUAACGCGCGAAACAUCAGAGAAACAAGCAGGUUAUGCUCAUGCCCUCACAAAGUUUACAUUUUCCACGGAUUGAAACAAAAAAAAUAGUUUAAGAAUUCAAAGAACAGUUUCUGACGAUGAAGUGCACGAUUCCGGAGAUCUCCUGGCACAAUCGUGACCCAGUGUUGAGUAUCGACAUCCAGACUGCUCAGAAGAAGCCCCAGAGCCCAGAGGAGGAGCCCUUCUGGCGUUUGGCGACCGGUGGUGCUGACACCCACGUUCUCAUCUGGCACCUGAGGGUGAACGAGCUCGGGGCUGCCUCGGUGUCUUGUGUGACUGAUCUCGAUCGCCAUCAGAAGGCUGUCAACGUCGUCAGGUUCUCACCCUCAGGGGAGGUUUUGGCGACUGGGGACGACGAGUCUGCGAUCAUUCUGUGGAGGCAGAAGGAGGAUUCUGCAACGACCGCGGAGCUUCCUUCUUCAGACGACGGGAAUUUCCAGAAUAAGGAGCAGUGGGCAGUCUGGAAGGUCCUCAGAGGUCACCUUGAGGACAUAUACGACAUCUCCUGGUCCCCGGACUCGAGUUUCAUGGUGUCAGGAUCAGUCGACAACAGUGCAAUUGUCUGGGACGUGCAGAAGGGCCGGAGCAUAAGUAUCCUCCAAGAUUACAAGGGCUUCGUCCAGGGGGUGUCCUGGGACCCCUUGAAUCAGUUCAUCAGCACUCUGAGCACCGACAGACACUGCAGACUGAUCGACAUCAAAGCUAUGAAGACCGUCCAGAGGGUCCACAAAGCAGUGAUUCCCACCCCUCCUGGGCAUCCCCUGGAGGGUCAGACUGUUCGACUCUUCCACGACGACACCUUCAAGUCCUUCUUCAGGAGGCUGACCUUCACCGUCGAUGGCUCUCUCAUCGUCGCCCCUUCCGGCAUCAUCGAGCCCCAGGACUCCAGCCAGAGGGCCUCCAACGCCACUGUUGUGUUCUCCAGGCACAGCUUGAAGGAACCCAUCCUCAUUCUUCCCUCCAUGGACGAGAGCACAAUCGCUGUCAGGUGCUGUCCAGUUUAUUUUCAACUCAGGGAGGAGGGACCUGCCGCUCUCUUUGCACUCCCUUACAGGAUGAUCUUCGCUGUGGCCACGCAAAAGUCGGUUCUUAUUUAUGAUACUCAGCAGAUUGCACCCGUUGCUGUUGUCUCCAAUAUUCAUUACACGAGGCUUACUGAUGUUGCUUGGUCUUCGGAUGGACGAUUACUAGUGGUAUCAUCGACAGACGGUUACUGCUCGAUAAUCCACUUCCAGGAGGGCGAACUUGGAAAAAUCUAUACAGGAGACAAAACAAUUCCAAUGAGGCCUCCAGUCCCCCUUCAAAAAUCCACAGAUAUAAAACUAACUUCAAAAGGCCCUUCCAAGGGAGAACCCGAGAAGAUCCUCGCAGAGUUCGACACUGACGCCAUGGACAUUGAUAUCACAGAGAAAAUAUCCAGCUCACAGAAGCCUGAAGAGACUGUAAUUAAGGAUAAUGAGGCCCCUCCUGUGAGUGAGGAGACUGAGGACAUAAAAUUGGUUUUUGAACCUAAUACGUGUGACGUUCCUCCAGCUGAGGAAUCUGGAAAGGUCACUCCACCCAAAGCUGAAGCUGGGGAAAGUGCCACUAAGAACACUCCCCCUAAAGCUGAUGUCAUCUCUGUACUGUCAUCGCGGACCCCCAGACGAGUUAAAUUGAUCACAUUAUCGAGUCCUAAACGCCCUAAAGAAGAUCUGUAAAUAUUUUUACUCGUUUUUUCAUUAAAGUGUAGGUAAUACCGCUGAAUAUUUGAGAGAAAAUAUUGUUGACUUGAAAAAACUCAUGAUUUUAGGGAAUUCUUCUGGAAUUUCAGAAAUAAUAUAUUUUCUUCAACUUUAUAUUCUCCUAUAUUAUUAUUAAAUGUCGCAGACUUGAUUAUUACUGAAGGAAAAAUCUAUUUUUCAUAGUGAACUUUUUUAAAUCCUAGAAAUACUGUGAAAUUUUAUGAAUUCAAUGAAUUUUUCUCAUGAAAAUAUGAGGACCCAUCAUGCAACGCCAUCACGAUAAUAUUUUAUCCAUCGUCACUUAAUCCACGCAAUAUUUAGAGGUGAUAAAAAACAUCGAGAGCAUUUUUCAUAAAUUUAUUUUAAUGUAUAAAACACGGGGAUACAAGUGAUGUAUGUGGAGUAGAAAAAAAUAUCAGCACCUAGUUCUCCUUCGAAAAGAACUUCUUCUUGUCCACUGGGUUUGGAAUAAUCUGGAAUAACGAUUUUUUGUAUUUUUUACGAGACAAGAUGUUGACAGAUGUUGAGAGAGAAUAAAGUUAAGUUUUUUGUA